UUCUAACUACAUUAGCUAGCUAACGCUAACAUCCUUCCCGCCACGAUGAUUGACGGUGUAUUAUCGCGCUUAAAUCAUUACCGCAGCCAAAAAUACCAAUAAGGUAAUGAAUUGUUAGUGUUUUUUGUUUGUAAGUUUUAAUUAAAAAUAUGUUUAAGCUAACGUUAGGUCGUUUUCACCAGCGUUAUUUACGCUGUUUUUUGUAACUUAGCGUUUGCUAACAAAAACCACAAAUAACGUUACUGUUACCUAACAUUAGCUAUAUCAACGUUAACGUUGCCUGUAACUUAGCUAGCUAACUAGUUCAACCUGUGCAGCGAUUUAGAACUCUGUUGAAGUUCCGGGCUGUGUUUAAACCAUAGAAACUUGGUUUUAAGUGACUAUGAACGAUCCUAACGGACACCUGCCCAACCAAUCGUGACAUCUGGAUGUGAAAGGUUUUGGGAUGCUUACCUGGUCUGCCGGAGGAGACUGGUGCGGAGGAGACUGAUGCCACAAUGGCUACGAGCAGCAGGAGCAGGUAGAGCAGGUUGAAAACCCUCAUGGCUGUGCAGCAGUUAGUUUCUCAAGAGUCCAGAAGGCCCACCACGGGAGGGUCCAGUACCCAGAAGGAUCUCUUCUGUCAGGACAAUAAAGGAGGAGUGUGUACCUGGGUGUGUUGCUUCUGGUUGGAUGCAGACUGAAGCCAAACUGAAGAGCGAGAAGAUGACGAAGGCAAUGAUGAUAAAGACACCUGCCCAACCAAUCGUGACAUCUGGAUGGGAAAAGUUUUGGUCUGCCGGAGGAGACUGGUGCGGAGGAGACUGAUGCUACAACGGCUACGAGCAGCAGGAGCAGGUAGAGCAGGUUGAAAACCCUCAUGGCUGGGCAGCAGUUAGCUUCUGAAGAGUCCAGAAGGCCCACCACGGGAGGGUCCAGUACCCAGAAGGAUCUCUUCUGUCAGGACAAUAAGCAUGACCUCCGUGAUAGACUCUUCUGGGCUUUUGGUGAAGCAUCCGAUAGAAAAAGAGUCGUACCAUUUGUGCAUGCACGCUCCUCAUUGAGCAUCCCAGUGAGUGUGAAGAGGGCAAACGCCAGGAGAGAGAACAUGAUCGUCAACACCUCCAGCUCAGUGAAUGGAGAUGCCAUCUACACCCGCUGCCGCAGCUGUGAACAUUUCAUCUGUAAAAUCUGUUUUCCAUCAAAGCACGAGGGAUCAGGAGGAGGAGGAGGAAGUGGUGCGCACUGUUGAGUAGUUUCCCAGUCGUCAUGACGACUUCACACCCAACCAUUUCCAGAGCUGUCUUCCUGUUGCCACGGUGACCUGAUCCCAUCUCCGUUUCUCUUGGUGAUCUGGAUUGGGCUGAUUAAGGAAAGCGAUCCCGGAGAGCUGUCCCUUUUCCCUAAAAGCGGCUCGUGGAUGGGACAGCAGAUCACGCGCAGGGACGCGGAUCGGAGGACAGGAAGGCGCGGCGUGCUGGGAAAACUGUGGGAGUAAUACCAGAGUGUUACCUAGAAACAGCAGCAUGCCAAUACAACAGAUAAGUGUGGUUCCGGCCAGGGAGACAGCCAGCAACGGCAAGAGCGCUGCUCGCUCCAAAGACAAGACCGAGGGGAGGAAGGCCCCCGGGCGCUCAGGGAGUCGAUCCAGCAACAUCUCCAAGGCCAGCAACUCUACAACAGGUCUAACUACAGCCUCUAGAACAUCAAUCACGCCGUCUUCUCAGGACAUAUGCAGUUCUAGCCAGCUGACCCGUUUAGAGGAGGAUGUUUCUGAAUCGCACAAACACAACAAGCACACACACGCCUCUGUGAUGGCCGUCACCAGCACAACUGUGGGCUCGUCAGCUCAGGUGCAGAAGAAGCAGGUGAAGCGCCGUCACCGCCGCAAGAGGAACAGCUGCACCACCUACGACGGCUUGGAAACCAACGGCAAACAGGAGCAGACCGAACUUAACUGGGACCGCAGCGAGCAUGGGGAGAAGAGGGAGCGGCCUGUCAAGAACCAGAGAGAGCUCCCACCUCGCCUCCGCUGCUCAGGGGCCCCCCAGUCAGACUCCACCUCUGAGGAUGAGGCGUGGCGCGAGGCCCGCAGCUGGAGCAAAGAGAAAGCCCGAAGAGUGCGCCGCCGCAGCGGAAGCAGCCGAGAGAGGGACGGGGCGAACUGGGAUAAAGGAGGGGAAGACAAAGCUGUGGAGCUGCAGUCGGUGGGCUCAGAUGAAGGGAGGGAGAACCGGUCUCUGGUGGAGGACAACGAAGGCCUUAAAAAGCGCCACAGCAGCAGAGCCUCGAUGAAGAGAGAUGGCCACGUUUCACAAAGAGAAAGCUCACACUGCACGGGUAAAGAGAAGUGCUACAAGUCAGGAGACAGCUCCUCAUUGGCAGAGGACUGCGAGAAGCUCAUCACCAAGAGAUACCAGGAAAGGGGGUCAGGGGGUGGAGACAUGUCAGUGCCCAUAUCACAGAAACGCUGCGGUAUAAAUGGAGGCACACAACAGGAGUACUCUGAGGACUCAGCGAUGGAGCUCUGCAGGAUCUGCCACUGUGAGGGGGAUGACGAGUGCCCAUUGAUAAUGCCUUGUCGCUGCACGGGGAGCCUGAGUUUCGUCCACCGGACCUGUCUCAACCAGUGGAUCAAAUCCUCAGACACUCACUGCUGUGAACUCUGCAAGUUUGACUUCAUUAUGGAGACAAAGCUCAAACCUUUACGCAUGUGGGAGAGGCUACACAUGUCGAAGAGCGAGAGGAGGAAGAUCUUCUGUUCAGUGUUGUUUCACCUAAUAGCAAUAGUGUGUAUGUUGUGGUCCGUCCAUGUUCUGGUCAAAAGAACCAUGGAAGAGAUCAGACUUGGGAAGAACGACGAGUUAUGGAGAGUUUCUCUUCUGAAGUACUAUAAGUACCAUGCGCCAAAUGGUGUGCUGGAGUGGCCCUUCUGGACCAAGCUGAUUGUGGUGGCCAUAGGCCUCACAGGCGGCCUCAUCUUCAUGUACAUCCAGUGUAAAAUCUACCUGCAGCUAUGGCGCCGCCUCAAGGCCUUCAACCGCAUAAUCACUGUGCAGAACUGCCCCGAGAAAGACCUGCACAACCACCAGGACCGACCCAGUGCCCUGCCUAACGGCAGGCACGAAACUGUGGAGGUUCCGGUCAGUCCGGGCCCCAUCCCGGCUCCAGAGGCACAGAUUGACUCGGACAUGUCUGUGGAGGCUGCGGUGGCGCCGGCACAAAACCCCGUCUGACCAAUUUUCCUCACGCUCAGAAAGAGUCCUGAACACAUCCUGCCCAUCCAACAACACAAGCCGGUGUGAGCAGCGUGUGAUUUAGACUUGUACAGUGUUUUAGUGUUGUACAUCUCAGCUCUUGUGCUGAUCUUGAGACACAACAGACAUAUUUAAAGUCCUUCAGUGAUCUAGCAAAAAAACUGAAAGGCUAAAGGGCUGUCGUGACGUGAAUGUGCAAAGUAAAAAACAAAAAUUGUGGCAGGCCAGAAAACGGAGAGAAGAGGAGGUGAGGAGAUGUAAAGGAAAAUAAAGCCAUCAGCAAGAGACAUUUGUAAAGACUACAAGUUGUGUGCUAUAUUUAGUUUUAGUUUGGUAUGCACAUUCUUAAACUGCACAGACAUGAGUUAAAGGUGUGGAUGCUAUUAACGGUCUCAGUAUGCUUCAAACCAACCUCAGAGACACUUCUUACAACUACGUCUUAAGGCCACACGUGGUUGCUAAGUGGAAACUCAGCGGUCUGCUAAGUGGAAAAUCUGCUGCGAGAUGCGAGGAAUUGUACAAACAGGGAUAAUGGUGCACACUCUCUGAAGUUAUGCAGAUAUCAGCACAGAGACAGCAUACCAUUCUACUUUGGGUUUCUGAUAGGUAAAGUUUUUGGAUGCAGCCCGGGGUUCCAGAUACUUCAGCUAUAUUUAUACCGCCAGCAUCUGCAAUGGUUCGGUCCGUGACGUACAGUAAAUGUCUUCAUCUGCCCAUGUCUGUGACUUGUCCGUGUCCUGGCCUAGUUGGUGGUGUACGCACCUCUAGCUGAUUUGCCAAGGAGAAGAAAAGAAAAAGUGGGAUGAGGACAGUAAAGGCUGAACUUUGUAAAUUUCAAAAGACAGAGCACAGUGUUAAAGGAGGAAAAUCCCGGUCUUUAAGAAUACAAAGACCACCAAACCACGACCAACUGGAGUAGAGGGUGGAUUGGGAAAUACACGUGACGCACACAAAUAAGGUAUGAAUAGAACCGCGUGUGUGCGAGUGACUGAUUAAGUCCGCAGACGCCGAAUGCGAUCAGUAUGUCCAAGACUUUAGACGAUACUAUAAGCACUUACAAAAGCCCUGUAAGGCUGGGGGAAGGUUAAAAAAGCAGACAUCUAACAACUAAAGUGUCAUAGUUUUCCCAAACAGCUACCCUCAUCUUAAACAUGGUGUCACAGAGACGUGGUAAUCAUCAAAAUGGAAAUGAUGGCACACACUUUGGGACAGUAUCUCCUCAUAGGAAUUCAUGCCGUUGCAUUUGGUUGUGUAAAGAAUGGAAAAGAAGAGCUUGAGAAAAGAAGUUUAUACUGUAGCCUGCCUACUUUCACACCCCCGCACACUUGGCCAACCGUUCUGUGAAGUGUGACAUGCUAAAGCAGCUUUGAGAUGCUGUUAGACAGUCCAACAAGCGCUUUGUUUGAAGCAUACGGAGGCCUUCUGAACAAUCAGGUCUUCAGACACCAAAGAGUAAUGAUAUGACAAGUGGAGGAACAAUUAUUUAAACUGUAUAUUUAGCUCAGUCUGAAAUCUGAAAAUGUAAUGUUUUGAAAAAGCUUAAUUUAUUUAUCGUAGGUGAGUUUUGAACAUUUCUUAAAAAAAGACAAUGUCAAGUAGCCCCGUUGUUUAUGAUGUUUUGUUUGACAGUUUGCAGCUUUAUGGAGGUCCCCCUCCGCGAGGUCCUGAUAUUUAUACAUUUAUGUAAUUAGAGCUUUCAUGGAUGGCAUACAUUAAUGAUUUUACAUUAAACUUGACACACUGUGUGAGUGACUGACCGGUUAAUAAAAAAAAGAUGAUGUUUA